AUGAUCGAGCCAACCUCCUCCGUCCUCUAUCUGUUCGCAGAUCAAAUUGCCGAUGUCCUUCCAUACAUUCAGGACCUCGGCCGACGCGCAGGCAGCUCCGAUGGACUGCGCAGUUUCCUGCGAUCCGCAACAGACAGCCUACGCAAGGCGAUGGAUCAAGCAUCAUUCCGCGAGAGACAGAAGUUUCCUUCAUGGGACACUCUCACUGAGCUUGCUACCGCCGUUGAACGUGAUGCUGCGCAUUGCCCGGCGUUGAAGGCUGCGCUUUGCUGCAUCUCUCAACUUGGUCAUGUCAUUCUUUACCUUGAAAAGUUCCCAAGAGCCUUGGAACCAAGCUCUUCCCGGGCAUCUGGUCAGGAUAUUGUGCUGGGGCUAUGCACUGGCUCAAUUGCAGCAUCUGUUGUUUCAUGCUCCAGAAACAUUACCGAGCUGCACCGCAUCGCACAUCAUGCAGUGGCCCUUUCCUUCCAAAUUGGAUUGGAAGCAUCUCGACGAUCAGAAUACAUUCAGCCUUCCAAAGACUUGAAGGUCAGGGGUAGCUGGGCUACUCUCGUGAGCAAUGUUGGUAUGACAGAAGCCCGUGAUGCUGUAACAUCAUUCAACGCUCGAUUGCCUGCAAACAGCAGCCGCAGGGUAUAUAUCAGCGCACACGGCGCAUCUUCAGUCACCAUUAGCGGACCACCAUCGUACACAGCAGAGCUGCUACAUCAGGAGCCUGUCUUCCUAGGACGAAAGACGAUUCCGCUGCCCAUCGCUGCCGCCUUCCACGCAGAGCAUCUCGAGCCAGUCUCUUGGGACAAAUUGGGUCAAAUCUGUCCAGAUGCGUCUUUUGACUCAUUCGUCCCCAACUUGCCAUUGAUCUCCCCGAGUUCAGGAUUGCCUUACGUUGCCAGCAAUCUCUCCGAACUGCUGAAUCAGGUUGUUGAUGACAUCCUGCAACAGCCUAUCAUCCUUGAGCAAGCCAUCAAGGGGACUGCAAGUCUGGCGGGUUCAUCAAUUUCACUGCUUUCUUUCGGUCCCAGCAGCUCGAAAAAGGCGAUCAUCAAUUAUCUGAAUGGCCUUGGCGACAUUCAAGUCGAAGACAAGAGCAAUGCAGCUUUCGAGGCAGGCACCGAUGAGCCUGAUACUGAGAAUGCCAUUGCUAUAGUUGGUAUGUCAGUUCGCCUUCCGGGCAGCGAGAGCCUUGAGGAGUUCUGGAAAGUUUUGGAGCAAGGACAAGAUCUCCACGAAAAGAUUCGCCCAGAUCGGUUUGACAUCAACACUCACUGUGACCCCACCGGAAACAUCAAGAAUACGACAUUGACUCCGUAUGGAGUGUUCAUCGACCGCCCGGGAUACUUCGAUACGCGUCUGUUCAAUAUGUCUCCUCGUGAAGCAGCCCAGACAGACCCCCAGCAGCGAAUGCUGCUGCUGACAACAUACGAGGCACUGGAAAUGUCCGGAUAUACGCCCAAUGGCAGUCCGUCUACCAACACGCGUCGGAUUGGUUCUUGGAUGGGUCAGACAAGUGAUGAUUGGCGAGAGGUCAAUGCUAGCCAAAAUGUCGACACUUAUUUCAUCACAGGCGGCAUUCGUGCUUUCGGACCCGGUCGUCUCAACUACCACUUCGGCUGGGAGGGUCCUAGUUACUCACUCGACACAGCGUGUUCGUCCAGUGCUGCGUCGAUUCAGUUGGCCUGUUCGGCGUUGCUUGCUCGGGAAUGCGACACCGCUGUGGGCGGAGGCGCCAAUUUCCUCACAGCGUCUGAUUUAUUCGCCGGUCUGAGUCGCGGAAGCUUUUUGUCCAAGACCGGUGGCUGCAAGACAUUUGAUCACGAUGCCGAUGGUUAUGUCCGAGCAGAUGCUGUCGGAGUUGUGGUGAUGAAGCGGUUGUCGGACGCGGUUGCCGAGCGCGACAACAUCCUUGCUGUUCUCCGAGGAACCGCCACCAAUCAUUCCGCCGAGGCUGUCUCCAUCACCCAUCCCCACGCGGAGACUCAAGAGCGCCUGUUCACUGCUGUCUUGGAUAAGGCCGGUGUCCAGCCUCACAAUGUCGAUUAUGCUGAGUUGCACGGAACUGGAACUCAGGCAGGAGACGCGACUGAGUCGAAGUCCGUGACGAAUGUCCUGGCGCGCGGUCGCACUGCCGCGAAUCCUCUGUACAUCGGAACGGUCAAGCCAAAUCUGGGCCAUGGAGAAGCUGCCAGUGGUGUUACCUCGUUGAUCAAAGCGAUCAUGAUGCUGAGAAAGAACAUGAUUCCUCCGCACGUUGGCAUCAAGGGGCGCAUCAACCAGAAGCUGCCCCCACUCGCCCAACUCAACACCCACAUUUCAUUUGGAAAAACCCCCUUCUUGCCCAGAGCAGAUGGCGAUGGAAAGCGUCGGAUCUUGAUCAACAACUUUGAUGCAGCUGGUGGAAAUACGAGCAUGCUCAUUGAAGACCCUCCCGUCAGCUCCGCAUCUGCCGCUCUCGCCGAUCCUCGAAGCCACCAUGUCGUCCCGAUCUCCGCGAAGACCGCGGCAUCAGCACUCAACAAUGUACGGCAAUUAUCGUCCUAUUUGAAGGACAAUGCCACGCUUGGGCUACGUCUAGAGGAUGUUUCUUACACAACCACUGCCCGCAGAAUGCAUCACAACAUUCGUCGCGCACUCGUUGCCUCAUCGGUUGACGAGCUCGUUGCCAAGCUGGACUCUCUUUCUGCAGACAACUCUCAGUGGGCCAAACCGGUCACUAGCCGACCAGUGAUAUUCGCCUUUACCGGGCAGGGCUCACUUCGUGCCGGCAUGGCCAAGGAGUUGUUUACCACCCAUUCUGGCUUCCGUGAAACGAUAUUGGACUGCGAAAGGAUGUCAACUUCUCAUGGAUUCCCGUCGUUCCUACCAAUCAUCACCGAUCCUACCAUGAGCGCUAACUCUGCGACACCUAUCCAAGCCCAAUUAUCUAUUGUGGCUGUCGAGCUUGCCCUCGCGGAAUUGUGGCGAUCAAUGGGCGUUGUUCCCACUGCUGUGAUUGGUCACAGCCUGGGAGAAUAUGCCGCUUUGUGUGUUGCAGGAGUCCUCUCUGUCAGUGACUGUAUUUACCUCGUCGGAACCAGAGCCUGUCUGAUGCUGGGGAUGUGUCAGGCCGGUUCGCACUCGAUGCUGGCAGUGCAGGAGUCCGAAAGCAAUCUCGACAAGAUAAUUGCCAAUGAUGGCAAUCUUUCUGGUUGCGAGAUUGCUUGUGUCAAUGGGCCGAACUCUACCGUUGUCAGUGGCCCACUUGACCAAAUCGCUUCCUUGCGUGACCUUCUGCAGGCAGAGAAGAAAAAGUCUACUCAGCUCGAGGUUCAAUACGCAUUCCACUCGGCUCAAAUGGAACCCCUUCUCGAUGACCUCGCAAAGAUCUCCGAUUCUAUUCACUUUGCCACGCCGUCUAUUCCAUUUGCAUCUACUCAGCUGGGAGAGGUAAUCACGACAGGCGGCAUUGUCAACCCUGACUAUCUCAAGCGCCAGACCCGGCAAAAGGUUCAGUUCGUGCAGGCCGUGCAGGCGCUUGAAUCCCUGCAUGCAGGCAACCGAGCCUCACCAGUCUGGAUUGAAAUUGGCCCAAGCCCCCUUUGCCUCGGUAUGAUUCGAAGCGUUGCCGGCAAAGACCAGGUUCUCUUGCCAUCUUUGAAGGCAGAUGAGAAUGACUGGAAGACGAUGACCCAGUCCAUCUCAUUGGCCUACAAUGCCGGGGUGGAGGUCAACUGGAGGGAGUUCCAUCGUCCAUACGAGCGGGACCUGAACCUCAUCGAGCUGCCAAGCUACGCGUUUGAUCUCAAAAAUUACUGGCUGCAAUACGAGGGCGACUGGGCUAUUCGCAAAGGAUCUGGAAUUGAGAGUACCCAGGCACCGACAAAGAGCCUGCUACCUACCUUCUCUACGAGUGGUCUUCACCGCGUCGAAAAACUUGUCCGCGAUGGCGAGACAGGCAUCUCGGUGACAUUCGCAUCCGACGCAGCAGAGCCCAAGCUGAACAAGGCGCUGCGAGGUCAUCUGGUAAACGGUGCGGGUCUUUGCCCUAGCUCUGUUUAUGCCGACAUGGCAUUUACGGCAGCUGGGUACAUUCAAAGCAUCUUGGAUCCGUCGGCACCGGUAGCCCCCAUGGACGUCCGAGACAUGGAAGUACACAAGCCUCUUUUGAUCCAACCAGGCGCCACGAAGCAGAUCAUUUAUGUCACUGCUACGUUGGAGCCUUCCGGCAAUACUAUCGAGGUCAAGUUCUCUUCCGAGGACAGUGGCGCUCGCCAGGACCAUGCUCACUGCCUUGUUGACCGCGGCGAUGGCGACGUGUGGAAGUCCGAGUGGGCGCGCACAAGCUACCUGGUCAAGUCCCGAAUGAGCCAGCUGAUCAAGGACUCUAGCAGUGGAGAUGUUCACAAGCUCUUGCGACCCAUGGUCUAUAAGCUCUUUGCCGCUCUAGUCGACUAUGACGACAAGUACCAAGGAAUGCAGGAGGUCUACAUGGACAGUGACCUGUUGGAGGCAACUGCUAAAGUGCGCUUCCGCACCACGCCAGAAGAUGGUACUUUCACAUACAGCCCGUACUGGAUCGACAGUCUCGCCCAUCUCUCUGGUUUCGUGUUGAACGGCGCAGACACUACACCCGCUGACAGCGUGUACAUUUCGCACGGCUGGAAGAGCAUGAAGAUAGUCGGAGAGCUAUCCGAGAACAAGACCUACCAAAGUUACGUGCGCAUGCAGCAGACCAUGACAAAGGGUGUUCUUUCCGGUGAUGUUUUCUUCUUGGAUGAUGGUGAAGUGGUCGCGGUUUGUCAGGAGCUCAAGUUCCAACGCAUCAAGCGCGCAAUCCUUGACCACUUGCUGCCUCCAACCUCAGGAGCCUCCCGCACUGUGGUCGAGAGAAGCCCUGUUCAGGCUGUGAAGCAGCGUGCGGCACCGCUUCCGAAAGCAAAGAAAACUACUGCCGUGCCAGACCACAGCAAUAUCCUCCAGAUCAUUGCCUCGGAGGUUGGUGUUGAGGUCUCCGAACUGACCGAUGAUGUCAUGUUCGCAGACUUGGGUGUUGACAGCCUGCUCACUAUCAGCAUUGUUGCUCGACUGAACAGCGCGCUUGAUCAGGAGGUCCCGAACUCACUGUUCGCGGACCACCCAUCUGUUAGAGAACUGCGAGGCUAUCUCUCUGUCAAUACCGAGGCCGCGCCCAUGUCUUCGAGCGACAGCAGCGAUCAAGAUGAAGAUACCUCUAGCAGUGAAGAGGAAACUCGUGUAGACACACCGAUCACCGAGGCCUCGUCUCCCGCCAACGGAGGCGUCAACCCAGCGGAUCAGAUCAGAAAGAUCAUCGCUGCUGAACUGGAACUCGACAUGGCCGAGCUCGAUGAGCAUGUUCCUCUGGCUGAGCUCGGUGUGGACAGCCUGCUCUCGAUCUCGAUCAUCGGAACCAUCAAGGCUCAAACUGGCAGGGUGCUGUCGUCUAGCUUUUUGAUGGACCACCCCACCCUGGCCGAUAUUGAUAUUGCUCUGAAUGGCCGCCGCUCUGCACCUGAAGUGUCCCCUCCCCAGCUCGCAAGGGCUCUCGAGAAACUUCAGGACCGACCCAGCUCCUCGCCAGCGGAGUACAAGGCCGAGGCCGUCUUGCUGCAGGGAUCACCGUCAGCCUCUCAGAACACAUUGCUGUUUCUGCUACCCGAUGGCUCGGGUAGCGCCAGCAGCUAUGUCGGAAUUCCUUCUCUCAAAUCCCGCGGUCCGGUAUAUGGAUUGAACAGUCCAUUCCUGCGAUCGCCCACUGCCUUCAACUGCUCCAUCCCAGAAGUGGCUGCCAUGUACAUCCGCGAGAUCCAGCGCAUUCAACCACAUGGCCCCUACCGUUUGGGUGGAUGGUCGAUUGGCGGAUCAUUUGCAUUCGAGGCCGCAUCGCAGCUGAUUCAAAGGCACGGCGAAUCAGUAGAAUCACUGAUUCUAAUCGACGCCCCGUGCCCGAAUGUGUAUCCACCUCUCCCGCUCGAGACAGUUGAUCUCCUCGAAACCGUCGGGGUUUUCGACAACCUGAAAGACAAACGCAACGGCUCUGGGGCAAGCUCAAUUCCUCAACAAGUCCGCGAUCACUUCGUCGGUUCAAUCAAGGCACUCAAAGCCUAUGAGCCAAAGCCGAUUCCAUCCUCAACCCGAAGCCCGAAGUCAGUGACGGCUUUGUGGGCGCAGAACGGUGUCUGGGAGACAGUGGGCGAGGCGAAGAAGUCUCAAUUCAAAGAUCUAUCCCGCGGUACCAACAACCAGGCCGAGGAUUGGAUCCUGGACCCACGCAAAAACGCCGGGCCUAACGGGUGGGACUCUUUGGUGUCAGGGGUUGUCACAUGCGCAGUCAUUCCCGGUGAUCACUUCACGAUGAUGAGAAAUCCAGGUGUCAAAGAGCUUGGUGCUAGAUUAACAGAGAUAUUACAGUGA